AUGGCAUUGAGGAUCACGCAUCUGAACUUGGAUGCUUCCUUCCUCUUGUCCUUUGAGCCCAUCUUGCCGUGUGACGGCUCUGUUGUGGCACCUCGCCCAUUCACCAUCCUCCUCGAUCCGUGGAUCUCAGGCCCAUCAAAGAUAUUCCAUUCCAGGAUCUCCAUCUCGACACACAAGCACCCAGCUUGCAUAGAAUCCUUGUCCGAACUGCCGGAACCGGAUCUCGUCAUCGUCAGCCAGCAUAAGAGCGACCAUUGCAAUGAGACGACACUUCGCCAGCUUCCGGCGUCGGGGACCAAAACCUUGAUAGUAGCCGAGCCAGCGUCGGCCCGCCUGAUAAAGAGCUGGAAAUACUUCGACCGGAACAAAAUUAGGGUUAUGGAGAAAUGGGAAGACCCCCGGCUAACGGGCAAGACGACCGUCGUUCGCAUCCCGGUACCGGCCGUGGUACUCGGCGGGCAGACAGGCGAGGUGACAGUGUCGUGGAUACCUCAGAAACGAGAUCUAGCCGGCCUUCAUGGCGCCAUCGGCAUCACGUACCGGCCGCCACCGUCGUACAAUUUGGCAACUCCGAAGCCUCCCAUUAUCUCGUCACCAUUGACGCCACCAGUUACGCCGUUGUCCGCCACAUCGCCCGUCACCACGACGACCAUAUCAGCGGCAGAUACCGUCCUCCUCCCGCCUAGUCCGCCCGUCUCACCACACUCCCUCCGCUCCGUCCAAUCCGCCUCGACGCUCCUCCCCUCGCCAACCUUUAUCACCAACCGCCGUCCCUUUUCAUCAACUUCCCAAGCAGGCAAUAACUUGCUGCAAUCCCCCUCUCCGUCCUCAUCCCACUGCAGCCGCCCCCUCUCCCUCAUCUUCUCCCCGCACGGGAUAUCCUACCCCCACCUCUCCGCCUACGCAACAUCGCACCUCGUCUCCGAAGCAGCCCUCCCGCUCACCGCGCUACUGCACUGCUUCGACAGCGUGACGAACCCCUGGUGGUUGGGCGGUAACAUAUGCGCCGGCGCGCCCAUGGGCGCCGACAUUGCCACGCGCUUGGGGGCUAGGGUGUGGGUUUCGGCGCAUGAUGGGGAGAAGGAAGUUAGGGGGUUAGCGACGGGGAUGUUGCGGACGCGGAGAUAUGGGAGGGAGGAGGUGGUGGAGAGUGUAGGGACUUCGGGGAAGGGUAGGUUAAGUACUAGUAGUACUAGUAGUGGUGGUAAGAAGCGGGCUGGGGGGAAAAUUGAGACGAAGAGGAGGACUGGUCCCGGCAAUGGAAUUGGAUUGAUAACGGAGAUUCUGAGGUUGGGGAGUGGGGAAGAGGUGGUGGUUUGUGGGGAUGGGAUGAUGUGGAUGGGGACGGAGGGGCAGGUGCUCGAGGGAAAAAGGGGGCACGAGAAUGGAAAUGAGAACGAGAAGCAGGGGAAAGCAAGUGAUGGGGAGUUUGUCUUGCGAAAGGAGAUCAUCUCAUCAAAACCGCUGGGGGACAUGCUGCCGCCUAGUAUCAAGAUUGACGUUCCGAAAUGA